CCUCUUCAUCCCCCACGUUUUGCUGCUUUUGUUUGUGCCGGGUGGGGGAUGGGAGGAGGCUGGGGGAACCAGCCCUUGGUUCGUGGGUAUGGUCUGAGCAGGUACCGCGUCCCAUCCCGCUGGGGAAAGGCGGUGGGAAGCAGACCCCGGAGUCAUCCCGGAGACCCUCAGCCUUGCUCCUGCUGAGCUGCGUUUGCUCCUGGAGGCUGGAGCGAGCCCGAAGGGCUACGAGAGCUGUCCCCGGGGCUGAGGCGGGGGCUCUGUGAAACGCAGCCGCUGUGGCACUCGGUGGCACCUGGCUGUUGUUUCCCCUUUGGAAGGAGGGCAGGGUUUUUCCCUGCCAGAGGUGCGUUUCCAGCCACCCAGUCUGCUGCCUGUUACGGCACUGGCUGCAUCCUACCAGCCUGUGUGGCACGGGGAUGGCAGCGGGGAAACCUGCAGGUGGCAGAGGACAGUGGCGUGGGGAGCCAGCCUGUGCCACGCUGGGACCCCCGGACACCGGCCGCUUUGCCCUGGGAUAGUUUAGGGAAGCAGGACGGACUUGUGGGCUCCUGGCAUCGCCCCUGGUGCCGGUGAGGCACCCUGCUUCUGCUGGGAGCAGUGGGAUGCCCUUCCUGACGUCUGCCGUGGACUGGAGGGAGGCACGCGGCUCCCAUCUUUCUGUUAUCAGUGCCUGUAGCUGAGCGCCCGAGGCGCUCUCUGCUUUGCUCUGGGAGGUCUAAAGAUUUCCGAGCCUUGGGAAUCGCUGCCUGUGCUCUGCAUCUGCCACGCCGCAGCUUUAUCUUUACAUCGGGUUUAUCGCCUCCUCCCUGGGGCUGCUGCUCUGGGCAGAUGCUGCAUGUUGCCCUGCCCAGGGCAACACCGUGCCGAAAUGUCUUCCCCACGAACAGGAGGAGAACUUCAGGGCUGCUCAGGGAGUUCGGAUCAGACAGCUGGGCUGUGGGACCGGCAUCCCUUUAAAUAGCACGUCCCUCGUGUCCCUCCUCUACCGGAGGCACAGAGCUGCGUGUACUGAAGGAGGGGACCAGCCCUGGGGAGGAAGAAUCUGCUAAAGAAACCACGGGCUGGGCACCCAAACUGCCGGGGCGCCCUGCCGAACCCCCCGCCGCUUUGCUUCAUGCAUGCCGCUCUGCAAAUGGAGCUCAGACUGAGAGAGGAAACUCUCAAAGUCCUUCCCAGCCUGCAUCGAUGGUCCUGCUGAUGGGACCAAAAUAGAAACUGCAUGGCCGGCCUCUCCCCCGACCCCUGCUCUGCCUCAGCCCCGGCGCGCUGAUAGUGGUGGCUCACCCUCUGCGUUUCAUCCCCGCUGCUCGAGGCCGUCAGUCUUGCUGUUUGGCUCCCCAGCCAAACGCAGCGACAGAUUGUUUAAAUCAGUGUUGUUGGGUUUCUUGAUAACCAGGAGGCAGAUUAUUUACUGUAGUGGCAAAUAAACUUCAUAAUGUUAUGAUGGUGGAAAGUUGUCAAGGGAUAAAAAUGCCCAGAGUCAGCCCAGGAGCCUCCAAGGAGACGGCUUUGGUUUAAAUUAAGACAAAACACUGUCUUCCAUGGAUUUUGGGAAGGAAAUCACAUUGUUGUAAUGGGAACAUUACUCUGAGCCUUAGGGCUGGCAAACUCUUGACUUUAUGAAGCAUAAGUGGAGGGUCUGAGCUAGCCUGGCAGAUGUACCUUAAAGCACAUUUCAGGUUUGCCCUGAGAAGGCUGCGAAGGGGAGGUUGGCACCAGGGUGUCAUGCAGAAUUUGGGGAGAGGCGGGAUGGAGCUGCCACCAGAAUGAUUGUGGGGGUUAUGCUAGGAACUGUAAAAAAAGUCUCUUCUGCUCCCAGCCCCUGCUCUUCCCAGCAAACCGAAGUUGAGAGCAUUUUCUUGUGAAGGGCCAGGCAGGAGGGCGGGUGGCUGAUCCCUUUUGGCUUGCCUUGAUCGAGGCAGGGCCAGGCAGCGAGCACCGUGCUCAGGUUGCUGCAUGGCCUUCGGCAGCUCCUUGCCCAGCUUUGCCCCUUGGAGAAGCUUCCCAUGACGAGCUGCAAAGCUGUGGUGUUUCAUUUCUUUGCCAUGCCUACAACCCCCCUGCAAGGCAGCUGCUGGUCCCUGGCACUGCAUCCGUCCCCCUGUCUUGCUCAUUCAAAGGAGGCGGCUUAGAGGCUGCGUCUCCUCUGUGUGGUGUCCCCAGCUCCCGAUGGAGUGUGAAUACCCAGAAAAUGGUGUGGGGUUAAAGUUAGUGGCUGCGUCUCAUCCCUGGUGUGGUCUGCACGGUGAUCCGCCCAGGGCACCAAGCAGUCAGAAGUGAUGCUGAAGUGGUGAUGUUGAGCUGUUGCUGCCAGCUGGAGUGUGCCGUGAAAUUCCUGUCCCCUGAAAAAAAGCCCUUGGGCGAGUUUUACUUCUGGCCGUCUUGUGCGGGUAUCCCGUUACCGUUUUGUGUCCGGGGUGUGUCAAGGUAUUCGCAUCGGGUCCAGAGCAGUGGCACUGCUGCGACGCUGUGGAGCAGAGGUGUGUAUGUGUGGGAGCAGGAGGCUGUGAGUUUGUGCUUUUGCUCGGCCACGUGCAAGAUGGGUACGAAGAGGCCAAACUGGUGUAGCUGCCCGUCCCUCGUGAAGCAGUGCAGUCCUGAGGCCUCCAGGUUGGUCAACCAAAGUGCCCAGUAGCACUGACGGGCUUCUGAGCAAGUUAGCAAAGCCCUUAGAUGUUGCCAGGGGUGCCUUGCUCUCGCUGUCCGUGCCCAGUAGCCCUGGCAGGGGCCUCUCUGCAGCUCCCCGCAGAGAAGGGCGCUGGGGCUGCAUGUGCAGAGACCUCAGAGCUGGGAGGAGGUCCUCUGCAGCUGCAUGCGUGUGACCACGAGCUGGUUUCUAAGCCCUUGCCUUGCUUUCUCACUAGGAGGGAGGUCUGAAGUCCUCUGGAUCAACCCCAGGGCUCGCUGAGAGAUAGGUGGGGACCUGUUCCCCUCUGAGUGCCCUGCAAGGACCAGAAACUGCCUUCUGCAGCCUGGAGGGGUGGCCUUAAGUUUGCAGCAGUAGUCUUCUCCUUUGCAGUAUGAGGGUGACGGUACAAUUGAGGAUGUCUUUGUCCACGGUUUGCCCUGGGAAUGCCAUGCUCUUGCAGUUUGGGAGCAUGGGAGCAAGGUGCUGUGGCCCAUGUAGGCAGUGGCACUUGUUGCAGUAGGUCAAAUGAAUGAAUCCUAAAAUAGAAGGUGAGCGCAGCCCAUAGCUCACCCCUCGCGAUGCUUUGGUUUGGAUGGAGCCUCCCCACCCCUGUGCUGGGGGGAGCCGCAUCUCCUUGCUCAUGCUGGACCCAGCACAGGGGAGCUCCUGACUCUGUUUUAUUCACGUGAUGUAGGAGAGAUUACAGCUGGAAUGGAAAUUUUGGGUAGAAACAAACCGCGCCAUUUGGGAACUUGCUGAUCGUUGCUCACCUCGCUGCAGCCAAAGCCCUGAGGGCUGCAACGCAUCUUGACCAGCGUGCUCCCUUCCCCGUCUGGCACAGGGGCACUUUCCUCAGCAGACCUCAUCUCUGCAGGUUGCUCUUCGUGGUACAUCGGAGAGGGCUGGCCAGAGAGCCCAUGGGAGAGGAGAGGUCGGUGACUGAUGCCUGGGAACAGGACGGGGGAGCGGGGCCGGGAUCUCAGCAGGGGUGGUGUGGGGACAGCAACGUACAUGGGAAGAUUGAGUAUCAGAGCACUGAAAGGAGCGGGGAGUGCGAGCUUGUGAUGGAAACCGAGGCUGAAGGCAAGCGGUGGUAUGUCAGAGGGGUGGGGAUGAGCAGCAGCUCCCUGGAUGGGCUCCCAGGCUCUUGUCCCUCCAUCCCUCUAGUGUCCUGGCAGGGAGGAGACAGAGAGGCAGAAGCCCAGGAGAUCUUGGUGUCACGCAGGGGUGGCUAUUAAUAACACUUACACUUUCCCUGUGGUUGAGCUGCGCAAGUCAAGUGUCCUUGCCAGGGAAAGACAGCUUGUAAACUGAAACGGGCUCCUGCUUGCGUGCUGCCAGCUCCGGUGCCGCAGCAGCUCCCCAGCACCCGCAGCAAGCUGGGAUGCAGGGACGCAGCCAGCCACCGUCAGGACGGGCGCUCGUCACGGAGCAGGGCAAAACUCUCCGACUCGUUUCCCUUGCUGUAGCCCCGUGGUUGGAAAAAAUGCUUUCCAGACAGCUAGCUGGAGGUUUGCUGAAAGGUUGGGAGGAGCUGAUUGUGUUUUUCAAGUCUGAACUUCUCUAGGGCUCAAGGCUUGUGCAUUGUGCUGCUGGCACUAUCCUGCAGUAGGGUCCUAUUGCCACCCUUGGUGCCAGGAGGGAGGUGCCAGAUUUGGCACUGUAGGAAGGUAACCUGGGAUCUCUCUUGCUUCUGAGUGCUGGCAGGAAUAGACCAGGCUGCUGGAGGGACAGAAGGAAUAAUAACAUAGAGGAAGGGCCAAGCAGGCAUAUGGCACAGCGUCCUGCUACAUGUCUAAGGGCACAGAGGGCCUGUUCAGUAUGGUACGUGGGAGUUUGCUUGAGGCUAGUGAAGCAAAGCAGAAUAAUGGAGCUGAAUAUCAAGAAGCUCCUCCUGACCUGGGCAGAGCCUAUGCCUUGAGGGACACUGCGUGUUUAGCCCUAGGAUUCAGUCUGUCUGGUUUUGGAGCCACCACCACUGCAGGAGGGAUGGCUGCUGGCUGUCCAGAGAGCAGGAUCUCCUUAUCAGCCGAUCCACAAGCUCUGCGUCCGCUGAAGUUACAAGAUGCAAGUUUUUCCUCUUCGAUCCCUGCUUGACUUUCCAAGGGCAUUUAGAUCCUGCCACCAAGGUUAGCUCUGUCCUCAGAGUAAGAGGUUGCAGCUUGCUCUGAGCGCCCAAGGAGCUUCCUCCAGCAGCCCCCUCUUCCCCCAGCUCUCGAGGACCGCACUGCUGGCUGCCUACGCUCUGGGACAUGUUCCUGCUUCAGCAGCAUCUCUGCCCACCAAAGCCAGGCGGGGAGCAUAGGAGGCUGAGGAGCUCUGAGGGGUCUGGUUAGAAAAAAAACACACUUCCCAAGAGCUCUGAUUGCAGAUCGUGAGCAGACCAGAGCUGCUGUCUCCUUCUUCGUUCACAGAAGGAGAUUGAAAUGAUAGUGCAUAGCUGCUCGUAAGUAGAGUUGAUAUCCUAGUGCGUGCAGCAAUACUUCCUUUCCCUCCCACCCUGCAAAUGCCAGGCUGCCUCCAUCCAGCCUCCUUACCUAACUAUGCCGAGCGAUGCAGCCUGCAGAGCAGCCGCAGGUGCCGGCUUUUCUCUAACAGUGGAGGUCCCAGAGAUGUGCUGGUGUUAGGCCGGGGGCUUCCAGGGCUUAGCUCCUGUCAGACUGCUCUGCCUGGUGCGUGGUUCCCCGCCUGCUCUGCAGGCAGCUCUGCUGAUGCACAUCAACCCUGGGCACCCCCGGCAGUCUGUCCGUCUGCUCCGCCGGCGGUAGCUUUCAGCACCUGCGAUAUACCAGUUGGAGCUCAGAUUGGAACGAAGUUGCGAGAGAUGGGGAUAUCUUCACCCAUCAUAUCUGUGCUGCCACGUGCUGCUGUUGUGGGCUGUCAGAUGGUUGCCUGGUAAUAACCUUCACCACUGGUGGCUGGAGCGUGAGUCCGUGUGCCACUUGCAGACAGCCCUGAAGAUAAAAAGGGCCGUAAUCAGCUAGUACCCAAACAUAAAUGUCAGGCCAAGGUUAUUCUAGCAGAUUUCCUCAUGAGACUGUGGUGCAAAAAGGAAGGAAGCUGUGUUGAGAGAUCUUCCUGCCCAUAGCAGCAGCUCAGCAAGUGGUACAGCAGCUUCGUGCUAGUGGAGUAUCUGGGGCAGCAGGGAGCAUCUGUUAAGCUCAUUUGGGAUGUAGUUGGACAGUAAGUCUGCCCCAGCAGCUAAAGCCGGCCAAAAAGGGUCUGCUGCAGCGUGCCACACCCAGGCGGUGUUCUCUCUUGGUUUUUUUAACACGUUUUAUUUGUUCAGACAAUUUUUAACACCUAUUGGUGAUGAUGCAAUUUACCGCGCAUCAUCCUUUCGACGAUGGGGAGUAGGGACAGGAAUGGAGCACUGCAGUGUCGUGGACAGGCUGGAAGCAGGGUGAUCAGGAAAACGUGCUUUUGCCCUCUGCAAAGCUGCAUGGGCCUCGGUGGUGUGAUAGUUAACCUGCUGGUGACCAAGUACCUGCAUUGCUUGCUGUGGACUUGAGAAAUCCCUCCGAGAAGGUGACACUUUGUUUUGCUUUCAGUUCAGCCAGGCUUUAGCUGCCCUGAUGCUGCUCGCUGGAGGGCAUUGCUGUUCUUCCUUCCCUCCUUGUGCUAUGUUACUGAAUACAGGCAUGGCAGUGAGACCGUAGAAACUAAAGAGCUCCCUUCUUUGCCUGCCAGGCUGGAGGAGACCCAACCUUCUCCAAAGAUACAAACUCAGCUUUGUACUCAUCUAAAAGAAAUAGAGGUACAGCCCAACGGGUUGCUUGUGCUACAAGCACUAAGCAAAAGCUCCAGUUUGUGGUCCAGAAAAUAACACGUAUGUCCCAUCUUACCUGCGUUUGCCAAACAAAAAGGGAAGCUUCUAACAAAUUUGCCCGUUUGUGUGGACCUUGGGGCAGUGGAGGUUUGAGCCAGGGUGUUCUCCUGAAGGUCCUCUGGUAUUGCUGACCUGCAAGCGAGUGCAUAAAAGAGCAUGAGAAGGGAGGAAAGUAGAAACAAGUGGAGCAGAUGCCAGUCUUAGUGCAGUGGUGAGCGGCAUGCCCGUACCCUCAUGAUGGGUAGAGGAGCUGCCUUCUACAGCAUGGAAAUUGUUGAGAGUGAUGGUGGUGGCUUGUGUGUGCCUGCAGGCUGCCAUGAUCCAGAGUCCCCUGCCUUGGGAGCAAUUGAAGAGCCAGAAGUUUGCUUCUACCAAACUGUGGGUCUUGGUGGUUUUUUUCAGUUGCCCUCGAAUAAGUCCUCUCUAUGUAGCAGCUGAAGAGAGGCAGUGGCUGGAGAGUGGGAAGCAAAGCACUAGCUCUGGAGGAGAGGAGCGCUGGAGCUAGACAGAUUCAGCCCCUUCCACUCCAGCCUUCGCAUGCCGAGCCGCCAGUGCUGAAACUGCUGCAGCACCUUCCACCUGUGGCCUGGGGCUUUCCACAGGCUGCGGCAGUGUCCAGGCAGCCUGUCAAGCUUUGAGGGCUGGGCAGCGAAAGCUUGAGAGCCCCGGUAAAGCUCUUUCCACCAGGAGAGGGAAGUUUUGCGCAGGACAGAGGGGAUGAUUUUCCUAGCUCUCCUCUGCACUAUUCCGGCUCUCCCAGCCUCCAGCUCUCCCAGCCAGCUUCUACCAAAUCUCCCUGCCCUGCUCUUACUUGCCCGGUUGGUUUUCUUGUUAGGAUUUGCAACAGCUUAGUUUCAAUUUGCUGCAAAUUGGUGGGGCUGGUGCUUAGCCAGAGUGGUUCCCAUGGGGAAACCAGGUGGACCAGCACCAGGAGAGCGGUGGGGAUAGUCACCGGGGCUGAGCGGCACCUCGGGAUGCAGGGGCUCUGCCGAUCCCACAGCGGUGAGCAGGGGAUGCAGAGGGUCCUGGCCAGGCGGUGACACCCGCCCUGCCAUCGCAGCGCCCUGGGCUGAGCCAUGAAACUCAGGGAACUGGGGAGCUGUGGGCAGCGGGAGCCCCAGCGGUGCGUCUACCUAGCAAGUGGGUCCCAGCCCUGGGUGGCAUCGCCACGUUCCCCCCCACCUUCCCUGCUCCUACCCUCUGUCCCCCGCCAUCCCCCUGCCCUGCCCCUUCGCAGCCCAGCCCCGGGGGACUCAUGGGGGGACCCUAUUUAACUCCUGGUCUCUGUGUUAACAGCCACCAUCGGGGUGCGAUGGAAACCUUUUUUAGGCGGCACUUCGGGAGGAAGGGGCCGCGGCGUGCCAGCGCGGUGGCCGUGCCCACGGGCAAGGCCAGGCGACGCUCCCAGGCAGGGCUGCCCUCCGCCUUGCUGGCCCAGCGCCGGCGCGGCUCGGGCUCCCCGCUGCCAUCCUUCUCCUGCCUGGGUCUGCCCCAGCGCCCCGGCCCCCGUCGCCGCUCCAGCACCACGCCACCCUGCCUCAGCCCCAGGUUCGCCGUGCAGACGAAACGCGGGGGCCGGGCACGAGCCAUCGACGCCCAGCUGGUGGGUCCCUCCAUCCUCUUGGCCAGCCUCAUCCCCACCGGAGAGGAAGAGGAGGAGGAGGACGGGGCACCCCGCACCGACGGCUCCGGAUCCGAGUCUCCGGAGGAUGGCGUCGGCGUGGCGGCGGGAGUCGAGCGCGGCCGGCGUGAGCGGUGGGCCGAGGAGAGGUGGCUGGCCAUGCUACCCCGGCUGCAGCCGCUCCAGGCUGGGCUGCUGUCGCGGGGUCCCCGCUGCCUGCGGCGUGCCUCUUCCCACCGCCUGCCCACCGAGUUCAUGUACGGCCGGGCCGCCUACGGCUUGCCGGGUCGCUACCGUCGCCUCAGCCAGCGACGCCGCUCCAGCGAUACCCUCCGGCCGGGGCUGCUCCCCUCCAGCCGCCUGCGGCUGCUGGCCCAGCACUGCGCAGGGGCGGCCGGAGCCGGCUGCUCCUCUGUCACCCUCCCCGAGUGCUUGGGACCGGAGCCUGCCCGCCACGCCGCCCCGGAUGGCUGGAGCCCCCGGCUGCUGAAAGCUAUUGCCAAGUCCAGCCUCCAGCACAUGGUAGCCCAGCCAAACCCUGCGCUAGCCCUGAGGAGCGACUCCGAGAGACAGAUACGCAGCACUGUGGACUGGAGCGAGACUGCGGUCUAUGGGGAGCACAUCUGGUUUGAGACCAAUGUCUCUGGGGACUUCUGCUAUGUUGGGGAGCAGAACUGUAUGGCAAAGCUGCUGCAAAAACCUCUCUCCAGGCGUAAGUGUGCCGCCUGCAAGAUCGUAGUGCAUACACCCUGCAUCGAACAGCUGGAGAAAAUAAAUUUCCGCUGCAAACCUUCCUUCAGGGAGUCAGGAUCCCGGAACGUACGAGAGCCCAUCGUUGUCCGGCAUCACUGGGUACACCGGAGGCGGCAGGAAGGGAAAUGUCGGCAGUGUGGCAAGGGUUUCCAGCAGAAGUUUGCCUUCCACAGUAAAGAGAUUGUAGCCAUCAGCUGUUCCUGGUGCAAGCAAGCGUAUCACAGCAAAGUGUCAUGUUUCAUGUUGCAACACAUUGAAGAGCCCUGCUCGCUGGGGGCUCAUGCUGCUGUCGUCGUUCCUCCCACCUGGAUUCUGCGGGUCCGACGGCCCCAGAAUCCACUGAAAUCUAGUAAGAAGAAGAAGAGGACAUCGUUCAAGCGGAAAUCCAGCAAAAAGGGAGCCGAGGAAGGGAGGUGGAAACCCUUUGUCAUCAAGCCCAUGCCAGCUCCUCUCAUGAAGCCCUUGCUGGUGUUUGUGAACCCCAAGAGCGGUGGGAAUCAGGGAGCCAAGAUCAUCCAAUCCUUCAUGUGGUAUCUCAACCCACGGCAAGUUUUCGACCUCAGCCAGGGUGGACCCAAGGAGGCGCUGGAGCUGUACCGCAAGGUCCACAACCUCCGGAUCCUGGCGUGCGGGGGAGACGGCACGGUGGGCUGGAUACUCUCCAUUCUGGACCAGUUACGCCUCAACCCACCUCCUCCUGUGGCCAUCCUACCUCUGGGGACAGGGAACGACUUGGCCAGGACGCUGAACUGGGGUGGGGGUUACACGGAUGAGCCUCUGUCCAAGAUCCUGUCUCAUGUGGAAGAUGGGAACAUUGUGCAGCUCGAUCGCUGGAACCUCCAUGUGGAGCCAAACCCUGACGCGAACCCUGAGGAAAAGGAUGAGGUGGCCGCUGACAAGCUCCCCUUGGAUGUCUUUAAUAACUACUUCAGCCUCGGCUUUGAUGCACGGGUGACGCUGGAGUUCCACGAAUCUCGAGAGGCCAACCCAGAGAAGUUCAACAGCCGGUUUCGGAAUAAAAUGUUCUAUGCUGGGACGGCCUUCUCUGACUUCCUCACUGGGAGCUCCAAAGACUUGGCAAAGCACGUCAAGCUGGUUUGCGAUGGGACAGACUUAACCUCCAAGAUCCAGGACCUGAAGCCCCAGUGCCUGGUCUUUCUGAACAUCCCCAGGUACUGUGCAGGCACAAUGCCCUGGGGCAACCCUGGGGAGCACCACGACUUCGAGCCACAGCGCCAUGAUGAUGGCUGCAUUGAAGUUAUCGGCUUCACCAUGACAUCCCUGGCUGCCUUGCAGGUCGGUGGCCACGGGGAACGGCUGUGCCAGUGCCGGCAGGUGGUUCUCACCACGUCCAAGGCCAUCCCCAUGCAGGUAGAUGGAGAGCCCUGCAAGCUGGCGGCUUCCUGCAUCCACAUCUCUUUGCGCAACCAAGCCAACAUGGUGCAGAAGACCAAGCGGCGCAACUCCAUGCCUCUGCUCAAUGACCAGCAGCCAGUGCCCGAGCGGCUGCGGAUCCGGGUGAGCCGAAUCAGCAUGCGCGACUAUGAGGCACUGCACUAUGACAAGGAAAAGCUCAAGGAAGCCUCUGUGCCACUGGGGAUCAUCGUGGUUCCAGGAGACAGUGACCUGGAGUUGUGCCGGACUCAAAUCGAGAGGCUGCAGGAGGAUUUCCUUCCACAGCCCUCUGCUUUAGAGCGUCUGCUCUUCCAGGAGGGAGAUGGAGCCAAACCGAAGACACUGUCAUCCCAGAAGCUGUCACCCAAGUGGUGCUUCCUGGACUCAACCACGGCUGAUCGGUUCUACAGGAUAGACCGCGCACAGGAGCACCUCAACUAUGUGACAGAGAUCUCUCAGGAUGAGCUCUAUGUGCUGGACCCAGAGCUGGUGAUCACCCAGACCGUGGGCACCUCUCCUGCCAUGCCCGACCUCGUCGACUUGUCUGCCGCACCCACUGGGCAGCAUUUUGCGUUCCCCUCCUCUUCCAUCUCUCCACCCUCCUCUCCUGCCCCCAGCACUGAGCCUGACGGCUGCCUCCCGCACAAAGAUGACCUUUUGAUAGAAGCUGCCAAGAGCGGCAACUUCAGCAAGUUCCAAGAGCUGCACCGGGCUGGAAGAGACCUGAUGGUGCGAGACUCCUCGGGCCAGACCGUCCUCCACCAUGCCGUCAAAUCGGGGAGCAAGGACAUCGUCAAGUACAUCAUCGAGAACGCCCCUUCAGAAAUCCUCGAUGCCACGGAGGAGGAGAACGGCGAAACCAGCUUGCACCAGGCUGCAGCCUUACGCCAGCGCACUAUCUGCCACUACAUCGUGGAGGCCGGGGCUUCUCUCAUGAAGACGGACCUGCAGGGAGACACCCCCAAGCACCGGGCUGAGAAAGCCAACGACCCCGACUUAGCUGCCUACCUCGAGAACCGACAGCACUACCAGAUGAUCCAGCGGGAGGACCAGGAGACAGCUGUGUAGUGCUCGGAGUGCCUUAGCCCAAGCCAGCUCGGGCAGGACAAGAAGAGGACGAUGCCAACUGGCAGAGCUGUGAGUCUGGGCCAGCCCUCCCUAGAUGUUAACCUGGUCCCUGGAGGAGAUGGAAACAGCAGAGCUCUGCCCCAGGCUGGGCUGGGACUCUGUUUAUGAGGACAGUGGGUAUUUGGGACUUGAAGCCUGGCUCCUUUGUGUGUCCCCUCCUUCGCCCCUCAUCCACCACAUUCCCUGCCCUGGAUGGGCUCCAUCCCGCAGCCCUGUUGGGGCAGGCCAGGCUGAAGCCCCUGGGCACCCUUGUGCGUGGCAGUGAUGCCAGUGCCCCCUCUGCAGGCUCCUACCUAUGAUCCUUGUGGGAUAUCGUUGCUCGCCCCCUCUCCCUGCCAGCAGUGCCCCUCCUUUAGACGCUUGGCUCGGUUCGUGUCCUGUUCCUCCUUUCCUGUCUGGCACGGCAGCGGGAGGCACAGGCUGUGCGGGCAGACAGCGGAGGCCGUGAGCCUCAGGCUGCCCCAAGGGAAGCACCGUGACUUACUGUCCCCGUCUCCUCCUCCCUCCUGUCGGUUUGGGGCUGCCCCGGCUGUCCGUGUUGCCCUACCGGGGCUUUCUGCAGCAGGAGGGAAGCCCCUUGGUGCACCCAGCCUUUUCCCAGAGCAUCUGGGACUGGCGCAGCUGGAAGCGGGGCAGCCGCUGCCCUCCUGGUUGCCGUUAGUGCUCAGCCAGUCAGCGGUCUGGCCCAGGGCAGGGACGGCAUGGAGGAAGGCUGCCGAGCCCUCCCACCAUCCCUCCUUUCGCAGGGCUGGGUGGGGGAGCCUGCACCCCCGGUGUCUGCUGGGCAUCUCUUUUUGUGAGCCCACUGCAGCACGUAGCCAUGGUGGAGAGCUGCGCUUGGCCUGGGCAGUGGCUGCGGUGGAGCCCGUUAUAUUUCCUAGAUGCUGACUUGGAUCCAGCUGCCCUCCUGGCUUUAGUUUCCCCCCUCGCCCCCAAUGCUAGACAUUGCACUGGGCUGGAGGGGCAGUGCUGGGGUCAGUGCUGCUCUCAGGGAUUCCCAUCACGCCCCCCAACCUGUCAACACGCAUCCUCCGAGUCCGACUCCUGCCAUCCCCCAAACUGGGCGCAGGGCUUUGCAGGGAAAACUCGGGAGCUUGCCCAGCCCAGACACAAGCUCCCUGCGCGGGCCACCAGCUCACCCUCUCCGGUUUUAGCAGAAAGAGGGAUUUGGAUGCAUAGGAAGCAUCAAGGCUCCCAGCCUCGAGUCAUGCCUGCAGUGGCAUGGCAUUUCACCUACCAUCUGCCAUGGGGCACGAGGCACCACGACCCAUCUCCCCUGCAGAUGCUGUGGGUGCUGAGGAUCUGCAGAGGCAUCAAGCCAGCCCUUCAGCCAGGCUUUUGCAGAACUGACAGUCUCUGGGACCAGGAGGUGCCAGCAUAGGAAGACCGCUGAUGGCUCUGAGGCCUCGCAGACCUGCUUGGCACUUUUGGGUGGGGUGGCGGUUGCGAAGCGGGUUGCUGCUCGCAGCUUGUGUGCCAGGAGAGGAUGCUGCUGCUGCGUGGGGUCUGUGCGGUCCCACCUGCACUCACACCCAGCUGUGCCCACUGGGUAAUGCUGGGUGGCACUGUUUGAAUCCCUCCUAAUACCAAUACCAAAAAAAGGGUAUGAGGAUACCGCAAAGAACCAGAAUACCCUUCAGACUUUUUGGCCGGGGGGCAGAGUUCCCUUGGAGGAUGGGGGAUGCUGUGGUGGGAGCAGAGGCGCAGGGCAGUGCAGAGUGCCAGGGGCCAGCAGCAGUAUUGGCAAUUGAUAACGAUAGCAUCCCAAUGCGUUCAGAGCUGGGAUGCUCCAGCAGCGCCCAGAGUUCCCAUCAGCACUGCUCUCAGGCCACCGACAGACCAGGCACUGUCGCCUUCUCAGAGGUCCAAACCACUGCCCCCCCCAGCUGGGACGCCCAGCCUGGCCCAGAGGCGUUUACAGCCCCAGCUUUCCCCUUUCUCCCCGGUUUUGUAUCUUCCCUUAUAGUUUUUGUACAGGUAGUUGAGAGACACACUGUCCCCCUCCCCGCCUGGUCCCUCCGUGCGCGCGUGAGCUGAGUUGCUGUGCAAUUCCAAGCCUGGCUUGCAUUUCGGCGAAGGCGGAGGGGUUGUUGGUCGCCCUGCCUGCAGAAGGCAGGGGUUCUGUGCAAUACCUGGGUCUGUGUUUCCUAGACGCUGUUGUAGGACUGUAUUUUUGUAACUCUGUGCGGGUGCCGGCUCCAGCAGGCCCAGGGCCUGGCACGAGCCUGCGUUCCCGUCGCUUUUCAACUUGGACUGUUUGGAUGUUGUUGUUUCUUGCCAUUGAAAUAAAGAGAUGGAUGUUUUA